GGGCUGGCGGGGCCCGGGGAGGGGCCAGGCGGCGGUCACUCCUCCCGGGCCCCGGGGCGGCGGCGCUGGCGCUCGAGGAGGCUCUGGCGGGCCGGCGGGGCGCUCCGCAGCCAUGAAGGGGCCCUGGGCCGUCCGUUGGCUGAUACUUACCUCUGUUGCCGGAUCACUGUUCAGAGGCGACAGUGCUCAGGUCACCGAUGUCAACUCCAAGGUGUUGAAAUUGAGUAAGAACGCUACCGAAGGGGAGCCUGGAUGCGAGGAAGGUCUGCAUCGUGGGAGCAAGUUCUGCUGUCUGCCAUGCCCUCCUGGCACACGAAAAGCUGCCGACUGUGAAGAAGAUGGGGGUAGACCAUCCUGUAUACCCUGUGAAGAAGGGAAGGACUACACAGACAGGAGCCAUUUUUCUCCCAGAUGCAGAAGAUGUAGAAUUUGUGAUGGAGAGCAUGGCUUAGAAGUGGAAAAAACCUGUACCCGGACCCAGAAUACCAAGUGCAGAUGUAAAUCAAACUUUUUUUGUAACGUCUCUCUGUGUGAACACUGUAACCCGUGCAUGAUGUGUGAACAUGGAAUCCUUGAGAAUUGCACACCAACCAGCAACACCAAAUGUAAACAAGGAUCCAGCUCCAAACUUCUGUGGCUUUGUGCCCUGCUCCUGAUUCCACCGUCCGCACUAGUAUGUUGCUGUGUGUUGAAAAAGUACAGGAAUACGAAGAAUGGCCGCCGGGAAUCUACAGUCUCAAUUACUGAGAGUAUGCCGAUGAAUUUCACAGACAUCGACUUGAGCAAAUACAUCAGUAGCAUUGCCGAACAAAUGAAAAUAACUCAAGUCAGAGAAUUUGUCCGGAAGAACGGUAUCAACGAAGCCAAAAUAGACGAGAUCAAGAACGACAACCUCCAAGACACAGCUGAACAGAAAGUCCAGCUGCUCCGGAAUUGGUACCAGCUCCACGGGAGGAAGGGCGCAUAUUACGCUCUGAUGAAAGGUCUCAGGAAAGCCAAUCUCUGCGCUCUUGCCGAGAAAAUUGAAGAUAUGGUCCAGAAGGACAGUGCGGGCUAACUUGAGAAUGGCAACUGCACACACGAAAAUAAAAGACAAAGCCUGGCUGAAUGUGAAAAACAACUCAGUUCUGAGUAUCUACUAAUCCAUAGAGAACAAAAUGAGAGUCGGAAUGAGUUCUUAAUCGCUGUUGACCAUCCACACCGUUUGCGUGUUUACAGGGCGUGUUUACUUUUUCAUUCGUUAGGUUCUAGAGCUAAUAUAUUUACGGGUUUGGAGGGUCUCAUGAUUCUGACUUGAAGGACAUUGGGAAGACAGAGCCGGUUCAAAGUAAAUAUAGUAGCAUGGCUUGUGUACAAGUGUGUGUGCAGAGGAGAAAAGAUUGGGAACACACUCUCGGGUCUAAACUCGAGGGUGUGGGUGUGAAUAGCAUCCGUGCAUGUGAAUGCAAAUGUCUAUCCCUAGGUUGAUUCCCCUCCAUAAAUCAAUAGAAGCUAUGAGUUUGUUGCGAUGUCACAAUCACUGAAAAGACCACUUCGCCUGUACCUUUAUCUCCGUACUGACUCUAGAGAUCCUAUUGUUUUGUAAACUUUCCACUCCAAGAAGAAUAUUUGAGGAAAGUUUGCAUGUGCUCUGAAUGUUUCUAUCUCAAAUAUCUUUGUACAGGUGACUGGCAUUUCCUUGUGAGGUAUUUCCAUGUUGAAUUCACACAGAAAAUGCAGACUGGAUGAUAACGCUUGGAUAUUUCCUAUUCGUCCGUACGCCAUUUUUCUGGAUCGGGAUAACUCACUCACUUCUCAGGUGUCGAAAUGUUUUCAUCCAGGAAGGACUACUGGAGCUUUGUUGCCUGUCCAUUCUCUGCCUGAUUGGCCUUGUUGGCCAACACGCUCUCCAACCCAGAAGUGCGGCCUAAGAAACCCUUAAUGAUCCGCUAAAAGCCGCUUAAUGAUCUAUCUGCCCAUAGAAACUUCUGGCCUGCUUUGGAGAGACUAACUGCUGUUACAGAAGGUGGCGUUGUGGUCUUUCAAGGACCCACGUCUACCACCGAAGAUGGCAAUGUAGAUUCCUAUCUUGUCCUGUUCCUCAAAAAAUGCUCAGUAAGGCUGCACGUGUCCUCUCUGGCGACAAACCUACAGACGCAGCUCAGACACAGAAAAAGGGUGAAAUCAUCCUCAGGUUUUAGGAAGGCUCUUGUUACUCCCUGCAGCUUCUGAGACAAAGAAGCCCCCCUCCCCGCUGCUCCUUCCUUUUACCUGUAAACACUUCUGAAAGUUUGUGUUAAAUAUGAAUUUUAAUAAACGCUAUUUAUAUGUAGGUAGAUGUAAAUCGAAGAUAGUGAUAAACCGAAGCAGAGAGUUACAACCACCUAAAACGCUUCCAUUGGCAAAAGAUCUUUUUUUCUUAUGUUUGGAAACAUAAAAUAUUUCAUUAAAAUCCUGUUUUGGGCA